CAAGGGGGAGCGGCGCCUCCCGCCCCGGGUGAGCGGCGCGCGGCGGCCCCAGGGAGGCAGAGUGCGGAACCGGGCGCUAGGUUUGGAACGCAGAAGGCUGCCAUGGGCGUGCAGUGAGCAACACUGGUGCGACUUCUCCGGGCGCAGCGUGUCCUCGGUCACCAUGAAAGACGACUUUGCAGAGGAAGAGGAGGUGCAGUCCUUCGGUUACAAGAGGUUUGGUAUUCAGGAGGGAACACAAUGUACCAAAUGUAAAAAUAACUGGGCACUGAAGUUUUCGAUUAUAUUAUUAUAUGUUUUGUGUGCCUUACUGACCAUCACAGUAGCCAUUUUGGGAUAUAAAGUUGUAGAGAAAAUGGACAAUGUCACAGAUGGCAUGGAGACAUCUCGCCAGACUUAUGACAACAAGCUCACAGCUGUGGAAAGUGACCUGAAGAAAUUAGGGGACCAAGCUGGGAAGAAAGCUCUAAGCACCAACUCCGAGCUUUCUACCUUCAGAUCAGAUAUUCUGGAUCUCCGUCAACAACUUCAAGAGAUCACAGAAAAAACCAGCAAGAACAAAGAUACACUGGAGAAGUUGCAAGCAAAUGGAGACUCAUUGGUUGAUAGGCAGAGUCAACUGAAGGAAACUCUGCAGAAUAAUUCUUUCCUCAUCACUACUGUCAACAAAACUCUCCAGGCAUAUAAUGGUUAUGUCACAAAUCUGCAACAAGAUACUAGUGUGCUCCAGGGCAAUCUGCAGAGCCAAAUGUAUUCUCAGAACAUUGUUAUCAUGAACCUCAACAACCUGAACCUGACCCAGGUUCAGCAGAGGAACCUUAUCACGAAUCUGCAACGGUCUGUGGAUGACACAAGCCUGGCUAUCCAGCGAAUUAAGAAUGACUUCCAAAAUCUGCAGCAGGUUUUCCUUCAAGCCAAGAAGGACACCGAUUGGCUAAAGGAGAAAGUACAGAGCUUGCAGACAUUGGCUGCCAACAACUCUGCCCUGGCCAAAGCCAACAAUGACACUCUGGAGGAUAUGAAUAGCCAGCUCAGCUCAUUCACAGGUCAGAUGGACAACAUUACCACUAUCUCACAGGCCAAUGAACAGAGCCUGAAAGACCUUCAGGACUUACACAAGGAUACAGAAAAUAGGACAGCUGUCAAGUUCAGCCAACUUGAGGAACGCUUCCAGGUCUUUGAGACAGAUAUUGUGAACAUCAUUAGCAACAUCAGCUACACAGCCCAUCACCUGCGGACACUGACCAGCAAUCUGAACGACGUUAGGACCACUUGCACAGACACCUUGACCAGACACACGGAUGACCUGACCUCCUUGAAUAACACACUAGUCAACAUCCGAUUGGAUUCUGUUUCUCUCAGGAUGCAGCAAGACAUGAUGAGGUCAAGGUUAGACACUGAAGUGGCCAACUUAUCAGUGGUUAUGGAAGAGAUGAAGUUGGUUGACUCCAAGCAUGGUCAGCUCAUCAAGAACUUUACCAUUCUACAAGGUCCUCCUGGCCCCAGAGGUCCAAAAGGUGACAGAGGAUCUCAGGGACCACCUGGUCCAACUGGCAACAAGGGUCAGAAAGGAGAGAAGGGGGAGCCUGGUCCACCUGGCCCUACGGGUGAGAGAGGCACAACUGGACCAGUUGGCCCUCCUGGAGAGCGUGGCAGCAAAGGAUCCAAAGGCUCACAGGGUCCCAAAGGAUCCCGUGGUUCCCCAGGGAAGCCUGGCCCUCAAGGGCCUAGUGGGGAGCCAGGACCACCAGGUCCACCAGGCAAGGAUGGACUCCCUGGCCCUCAGGGUCCUCCUGGCUUCCAAGGACUACAGGGUACUGUGGGUGAGCCUGGAGUACCUGGACCUCGGGGACUACCAGGCUUGCCAGGGGUACCAGGAAUGCCUGGGCCCAAGGGACCACCUGGCCCCCCAGGCCCUUCAGGAGCAAUGGAGCCAUUGGCUCUGCAGAAUGAACCAACCCCAGCAUCAGAGGUCAACGGGUGUCCGCCUCGCUGGAAGAACUUCACAGAUAAAUGCUACUAUUUUUCGGUGGAGAAAGAAAUUUUUGAAGAUGCUAAGCUUUUCUGUGAAGACAAAUCUUCCCAUCUUGUUUUCAUAAACUCAAGAGAGGAACAGCAAUGGAUAAAAAAGCAGACAGUGGGGAGAGAGAGCCACUGGAUCGGCCUCACAGACUUGGAGCAGGAAAGCGAGUGGAAGUGGCUGGAUGGGACGCCUGUUGAUUACAAAAACUGGAAAGCUGGACAACCAGACAACUGGGGCAGUGGCCAUGGGCCAGGAGAAGACUGUGCUGGGUUGAUUUAUACUGGGCAGUGGAAUGACUUCCAGUGUGAUGAAAUCAAUCACUUCAUUUGUGAGAAGGAAAGGGAGGCAGUGCCAUCAUCCAUAUUAUUAACAGUGUGAUAUAGUAGCAGGGACAUAUUUUCUGAUGCCUCUGAAAGGCGAAGAAUACUCAUUUCUGAUUCCAUCACAUCUCACCGAUUGAAUGGAAAAGGCCCUGAAAAAGUAGUUAUUCAAAAUAAAUGGACGCCUACUGCACCGUAACCAAGGACUAGAGAGAGAAAAUGCUCCCCCAAGUGUGCAAAUGGACUGAAUCACAUAGAUUUUUCUCAGCCAUUGACCAUACAUUUUAUGCAAAUUAUAUCUUUCCGAAUACGGAAUACUCCAAUCAGAAAAAGAAUAACAUUGAUUAUUGAGUUACAGUCUAUGUAAACAGUGUGUUUCUAAAAUCCAAUUGUAAGAAGAAUAUGCAGACACACACAUAUAUAAACCAUCUUCUAGUUUGGGGUUUUUUUGUUUGUUUGGUUGGUUUUUGGUUUUUGGUUUUUUGAGACAGGGUCUCUCUGUAUAGCCCUGGCUGUCCUGGAACUCACUCUGUAGACCAGAUUGGCCUUGAACUCAGAAAUCCACCUGCCUCUGCCUCCCAAGUGCUGGGAUUAAAGGUGUGCGCCACUCGCUCAUCUUCGAGUAAUAAUAUGAAAUAUACUUAAAGAGCUUUUAAACUUCAUAUUUUUGUACAAAAUAUUUGCCUUUUACAAUCAUUUUCCUUUUUUAAACUUUACCUGUAUAAUACAUAAAGCCAAAGAAAACAAUGGUGGUAUUAAUAAAAUUUCAUGGAGUUUCUCUUCA